UAAUUCAUCUUAACAGAAUACGUCGGGCGAUUUCAACCAAUAUAAUUUCAAGGUUUAUCACGAAUCCAUCCAUUUUCGAUGGUGCCAUACUCGAACGGGCAUUUCUUUCGACGCCUCUCAUUGUGGCGGCAUGAUGUAAUUGACUCUAGGAUUGACACAAUGAAAAAAGCAACCGUAUCGUUCCACAGCCUGAUCUACUGAUUGAUUUAUAAUUGUGUACAACACCCUACCCCGCUCCUUGUAGCUUGCCAAUAUGAUGGAGAUAAGGCUCCUAAUUAGCGAGUAACUAUGCUUCAAAUACUAGAAUUAACCGGGUCGGACCGCUCUAUCCCAGUAUAUAUAUGCCUUAAAUCCUACUAGGCUGGAGCGGAACCGAACUAAACGAUAUCAACGACGGCGCAGCUGUUUCUAUAUAUUUCACACAAGUUCAUGUCCAUAACUUCUAAUUAACAUUCCUCAUAGACAGCAAGAAGUCAUCUACAAAAUGAAGGAAGCUCUCGUAGGACCAGGACCAAAGGUUGAGAUUGUCGACUCGCCCAUCCCUAAACCUAACGCCGAUCAAAUUCUCAUCAAGGUGGUCGUGAGUGGGUCCAACCCCAAAGAUUGGAAAGUCCCCAAUUUCCGUAAAGACACCACGAACCAAGGUGACGAUAUCGCUGGUAUCGUGGAAGAAGUCGGCUCUAAUGUAACCGAGUUCAAACCUGGCGACCGCGUUGCUGCUCUUCACGAGGUCCUAAACCCUGUUGGAGGUUCAUACGCAGAAUAUGCUAUUUCGUAUGACCAUGCUGCUUUCCAUCUUCCUCAGAAGACCACAUUCGAAGAGGGAUCUACAAUCCCACUAGCUGCCCUAACUGCGGUCGUUGGACUAUAUAGCACAUUGGGUCUUCCCCAACCGUGGUUGCCAGCUACUGAACCUACGCCACUCGUCGUAUACAGUGCCGCUUCGGCCGUUGGUGCUUUCGCCGUUCAACUUGCUCGAAAGAGUAAUAUUCAUCCUAUCAUCGCCGUGGCUGGGAAAUCCCAAGCGUUUGUGGAGACAUUGAUCGACCGCAGCAAGGGUGAUACUAUUAUUGAUUAUCGCAUUGGAGAUGAGGCUGUCGUUGAAGCUCUAAAGAAAGCAUUGGGAGAAUCUAAGCUAUUAUAUGCUUUUGAUGCUGUAUCAGAGCAUGGUAGCUACGUCAACUUGAGUAAGGUUCUUGCCCAAGGUUCCAAGCUUGCUCUCGUGCUGCCAGCGGGCAAUUUCGAGUUUCCUUCGUACAUCACAGCUUCGACUUUCAACUUGGGACCAAUACACAAAAACCAAAAGGAUCUCGGUUUUGUCUAUUCGAGAUUCUUCACUCGAGGUUUACAAGAGGGGUGGUUGAAAGCCCACCCGCAAGAAAUCGUACCAGGGGGGCUAGGUGGUAUUCAAAAAGCCUUAGAAGACCUUCAAGCUGGAAAGGCGAACGCUAUCAAGUAUGUUUUCAGGAUCGCUGAUACGAAAUAAAUGUUCAGGGCUGCCCAUGAACAACAGGGAAUGGGAUCUUCGAAAGUCACAUAUUUCGUCAAGAUGUUAUGAAAUACAUAAGACGUCGCCACCACAAAACGAUAUCUAUCCAUCUCUACAUGAUUGAGGUGUCUAUUCAUCUCCGACUCUAAUUGCUCCUGUAGAAAGCGACAUACUUGACUUGAAGGCCACUGCCUAAGCCGGUAGUCGUUUGGUCAUUGGGUUGACCACCCCCUUUUCAAUGUUAGCACGCGGAAAACACAUUCCAGAGAUUUCCUAGGGAAUAAAAACUUACCAGGGAAAUUGCUUCCAACAGCAACAUUAA